UGAUCCUCCACUUUGUCAUUUUGUCUGGAAAUAACUAACUAGAACCUUGAUUAUUACUAUUAUUAUUCUCAGUGCCUUGCAAUUACAGUACUACCUCUUCCGUACCUUCCACUCCAUACCUAUAUUCCGCUCUCGUCGGGGGCUUGGAUCGAUAGUUCCUCUCUGAGUCCACCCACCUCACCGACUCGACAUGAUCAAUUAUUGUUGAUCGAGCAAAUCAACUCCCAUACCCUCCCUUCUUCCGUUGUCACAUCCACCAUGAUGAUCUCCAUAGCUUCCAUCUCGGUCGGUUCCUCUGUAUUCUUUACCCUUGCCCUCGUCAUAAUCUCCAUCCUCGUACUGCUCCUCCUCCGACGCUUCCUUACACUGCGAGCCACGCCAGCUUAUCUAUCAACCCCCGUCUUCCUUGCGCUCGCCCUCCCAGCCAGUGUAGUUCUUCUGGUCCCCAUUGAUUUAGCCUCCAGCUCGCGUGAUGAUGGCUCCGGACCCAAGGCCAUCUGGCUCCCAGAUCGCCUCAUCCUGGUAUCCUGGCGCAUCGCCUACUGGCUGAUCUUUGUCCUCACGUGGGCUAUUCUCCCGUUGCUCGGCGAAUAUAUCGAUUCCGGAUACCGCGAUGCCAAGGGCCGCAUCCAAUAUUCUAUCCGCUCCAACGCACGGUAUCAAAUGAUUGUGUUGGGCUGUGCAACGGUGGGGUUUAUUUAUAUUUGCAUCCAAAAUGGCUUUGACUUUACGUCGAUCAAGGCCCUAGUAAUGGCUCUAGCUUACGUCUGGGGUCUCGUUCUUGCCAUCUAUCUCAUGGGCCAUGGCUUGGUUUCGAUCCCACGCACGCUAUUCCGCAAUUCCAAUGUCAGUGGCAGACUACGCAGACUCCAAGCCCAUGCGCCCUUACUGCAUGACCGCCUGAUGGAUGCCAUCAAUGAUCUGGAGAGCCUUGAGUCUCAGGUUGCCCAGUUACAAAACCGGAAGACUGGCUCCGCUCGCAAUUUCCAGGACUGGAUAGAAGAGCUCGCAGAAACUUCCACCCCUCCAGAACUUCGAUCCGGUCUAUUGGAACCUUCCGCCGGUUCCAGCACCGUUCCCGCUGUCAUCACAGAACGCUAUUUGGCGGACUUGACCAGACGUCUCCAACGCGCCCGGCAUCAGAAAGCUCGGUUUGUCGAUGAGUGGGAUCGUCUAAUCCUAACGGCUGCCGAUCUGCAGGCAAUCAUAAACUCUUCCGCAUCGAAGAAACUCGAAUUUGGCCAAUACCCCCAGCGCUCCUCCUGUCUCCCGCAAGUGAAGCUCCUCACCCCCUAUCUGCGGUACCAUCUCUAUGUGAAUUUUUAUCCCAGCUUCCGUCUGUUCCUGGGGGCAGUCUUUGCAGCCGCGUCGAUCUGCGUUGUCUGGUCGGAGUUGAUCAAGUCUUUGGCCCCCCGCCUGUCUGUGGUAACGCUAUCUAUUAUCUCAUAUCACCAGGAUCCGGCACCAAUCGGUUUUGGAAAACAAGUAAUUGCCUCUAUGUGGUUGCUUUACAUGUGCUCUGCAGCCUUGGUUGGCGUCAACGAUGCCAAAGUGUGGGGCAAUCGAGCGCUGGUCCGUCGGAACACAUACGGAGAGAGUGCGUGCUGGUAUGCGGGGCUAGUCGCCAGGCUUACGGUACCCAUUGCAUACAACUUCCUGACAUUUCUGCCGAAGGAUGUCCAGCAGAGAACUACAUUUUAUCGAUUUCUCGGCCAGUGGAUUGUUCUGACCCCCCUUGGGAAAGGGGUUGAUUACUUCUUCCCUGUCUUUAUCCUCCUUCCGGUCUGUGCUGCUCUCUUCAAUCUCUAUGGUCGCGUGCGAAACAUUUGUGGCUUCGGGCUUUUGGAAGAAGAGGAUGAUGACUUGGAAAACAAUCCUAGUGGCUACGGAAUAGGCGGCUGGCGUGAGGGCCGGGAACUCAUUGAUCGGGAAUUGAACAGUCUCGGAUCCCUUGGGCUGUCUGCGCGUACUGGGCGGCCACCUCGCGAGUCAACGAACAUGGAUAGCAAUACCCAAGCAUUCUCAUCCUCGCGAACCCCUUUAAACAACGCCACACGGCCAUCCGGGGCUCCCAGGGGUGCGGUUGCUAUAUCCUCUGCUGUAGAGGAGGAUGAGAACCAGGACGAGGAAAACUUUUUCCAGUCCUUUGCCCAUCGGGUCAGAAAUACCAUUGAGACCGCCAGCCGACCUCAGUGGCUGCAAGGCGAUUCCUUUCAGCUUCCUCGGUGGAUGAGCAAUGACGGUCCCGAUGGGAAUGGGGGUCUCGCUAGAUGGUUUGGCGGGCGGCCCGCGAAUGGUGGGGUCAGAAUAUAGAAGGACGAACUCUAUAUCGCAUUGCAAAGGCGUUUUAACUAGACACGAUUUUUUUUUUUUUCCCUGUAUGAUAUCACCUAAUAUAUAUAGUAUAGUACCUCUAUUAUUGUCCAUAUUCAAGC